AGCGACUACCAAGCAGUGAGCAACCUAAAAGAAGAGAAGCGAAAAAGUAAGCAGUGCUCGCAGAACCUGCCAACCUCCCUCCCCCAGUGUACAGUGUAUGUGUGUGUGUUUGCGCUCAGUGAUAAGGAGCAUUGAGGAGGUCCUGCAGGAAGAGCAGGAAAGUGGUGGUGUGCGUGUGCGAGGACACCCACGCAGCUGAAAAUUUGCUUCCUACGCGGGGGUGACAAAAACUGGGAUUCGGAACCCCGCAAGAUAUUGCACAUAAAGUUUGCAAUAGUGUGAAGAGUGAAAAGUGAAUUGAACAACUGUUUAAAUAGUUUGUGUGUCGAACUUUGAGGAAUUGCUCGGUUGGUUCAAAUCGACCGUUGAACGUUCCUCAACCUCUUUGGAUACCAAACCUGCACCAGAAAACCCCACGAAAGACUAGGUGUACGAAGCGCAACAGUAUCUCCACCAUGCAGAGCUUCCUGAUAGCGUCGACGCUGUACGCCGUUCUGACGGCGACCUGCAGUGCGUCCUCCCUGGGCUACCCGGUAUUCGGGACGAAGCGGUACACACGAGCUAAUCUGCUUCCACCGAGUGAAUACGGAGGCUCACUCUCGAUGCCGGUGUACUCGCCGAUUAUUCCCCAGCAACAACAGCAGCAGCAGCAGCAGCAACAGUACUACGACAGUCAACCCCAGUACAUGCCGCAGUAUGCAGCGUCGGAUUAUUACGACGACAGUGGGUACUAUGGUGGCAACACCAACAACUACUACUACGUUCCACCGGUAGUGCACCGACGGCAUCAGCGGCACGACCGGUAUCCCUCGUUCGGGCUCCCAACGUACCGUGGAGAGUACAAACCCACUCCGUACUACUACGCCCAUGCCCCCAGCUACAGCUACUCGGACGACCGAGAAUCCAACAACCCACUGGACGACCUGCACGAAGAAAUGCUCCAGGAAGACGAACGGGAACGGGCCCGGGAAUACAUGCCCGUCGGCACGGAACAGUGGUACGAGAACCUACCCCCUCGCCACGCUCCCGACUCAACUUUCCUGCGCAAUCUCAUCAUGUACAACCAGCAGAUGAACGCCCUGCGCAACAAGCAGCAACUCGAAUCGGCCGAAGAGUACGACGAGUACGAAGACAGCGAGCCGGAGUACUACGACCUUAACCCGUCCUACGUCGACAACCGCAACAACUACAACGCAUUCGUCAAUCCCUACACCGGCUCCAGCAACACCCCCGUCAGCAGCAGCAGCAGCAGCUCCAGCAACACCUUCAACAAGAUCAACAGUCUGCGCAACAGCAUGGCCAAGAACGCCGUCGAAGACGACGAAGAAGUGCAAGAGCUCAAAUCCCUCAUCCACCAGCAAAAGAACAGCCGACUCCAGCAGCAACAACCCCAGCCCCAGCAGCAGCAGUACCAAGUGCACACCCCGAACCCGAUGCAAGACAUCAAGCAGCAACAGCAACGCUCCGUCGCCAACGACUACUCCCAGUUCGGCAUGGACUCAUUCCAGCAGGACAGUCCCCAGCAGCAGCAGCAGCAACCCCAGCAGUACAACAACUACGAGUACGAAAACGAAUACGACGACAGCUGGAGCCACUGGGACCGCAAGCGAAACGUUCAACCGAAGAAGGUCACUCCGACGACCACCACAACGACAACCACAACCGCUAGCCCCAGCACAACCACCCCCAAACCAAUCGUCGAAAUCAUCCACGGACGCAACGGCCAGAAAGAGGUGGUUCUGCCGCGGCCGGCUUCACCGGUGCGGAAUCCGUUCGCAAACGUGAACCUCGGCAAGCUGCACAAAGCGCAGAAACCGGCGGCGGCGGCUGGGUCGGAUGCCAACGUAAUUGCAGCGGCACCGCCCGCCGGUAAAGUGGCAGCCAAGCCGGGCAGUGUGUACGACACGAUCAAGAAGAUCAUCAACAUGCAGCAGAACUUGGAGGACGCCGAGCUGUCCCACCAGCUGGACAGCCAGAAGCACCAGGGCAGUGGCCGGCUACAGAAGCGGUUCGUGGCCAGCGCCGAGUCGCUGGUCCAGCAGCUGGACGGACUCAAGCGGACGGCGUAAGUGCGCAUAGCUAAUUAAUCUGCCGGCACCCAAUCUGUAAGCUACUUUUAGCCGCUGAACAAUCCAACUUGGCCGGUUUGGCACCAAGAAACAUUUGCUGAGGGCGUGUGUUUCUCUCGAAAGCAAAUGGUUACAAAUUGCUCCAUUUCUAAAGCAUUUAGCUCUAUCUCUCCAUAGUUGCCACGAAACAGACAAAUGUUAUGCAAUCAUAUGAUACACACACAAAAACACACAAACAAAAAUUCCACAAAAGCAUUUCUCAAUGAUCAAGCCGCUUUACGGAAAUAAAAAAAAAAUACACAAAAACACAUUGGUGAUAAACUUUUUAUACGAACUAAAUCAACCAGAAAUUGAAACUAUUUUUGUGAUUAUUUUUCCGUUGUUUCGGUGAGUCACACUGGCAAAUUAUAAAAUGGAAAAGGCUCUUCUUCACGAAGCGUGUGGACUAACAGAAAGGGUAGCCCUUCACAUUGAACUUGAUAACCACACAGAGACACAAAAAAAAACACUGAUUGAGACUGACUUUAUGUAAAAAGAAACAAAUUAUUAAUGAGUAUAAAAGUAUAUAUAUUUACCGAAAAAAAGAGAAAUAAAAACAAAAAAAUAAAAACAAACUGUUUAAACAAUUUUUAAACAUUUUAAGUAACCUUUUUACUUUCAAUUAGAACCGAACAAAAUACUCUCUUCAUACUUGAACAACUGUACAUACUACCAAACAUCUUUGAGAAAGCUAAAACGUUUGCUCAGUUUAAACUAGCUUUCUUGUCGGUUCAGUUCAGUACAUCUGUUCCAGAAUCCAGGGAAGGGUGAUGCUCAGCAUCGUUCACCUUACGAGUUGGAAUAUUUAAAGCUAGAACGAUGCCCGACCAUCGCCCAAACCCCCGUUCCAUUUGACCUGUUAUCGUUAAGAGAACUUAAACCAUGUCAAUUUUUAGCCGAUCAAAUUUCGCUUUUUGUACAAUUUUUUACACACACUUUUCUGUAAAAACUAUCUUCGGAAAGUACACACGACCGCGGUCGUCCUCAAUCUCGCUUACAGCUUUAACGUGCAUCUCACAGAUAAGAAAACAAAAGAUCUCAGAAAAUUUUGAAUUUAAUAAAUUUAAAAAAACACGCAGCAUAAGAAACUAAACAAUAACAAACAUAAAAUGACAAAUCGUGUGAGGAAAAUAAUCAGCGGAAAGAGACGACAAGACCCUUCCAAUGGCAGCUAGCUCCCAUACAGAAUAAUCAUAAAUAAAUAUAAACACAUACAAACAAAAACACUCACAAGCGCAGCUCGUGCAUCGGUGGACCCCUCGGUCACGAUUGCACCUGCUGCCCGGGAAUUAUAAACUUAAAAUAUAUCGCAAAAUUAGGUAUGAUAAUGGAAAGAAACAACUAUUAAAUUAACUCAAAGUUACCGAGCUGUGUUGUUAUGUGUGCGUUCAGUAACCAAUCACACAAGCAAACACAACGGAGUCACCCCUCGGCGCGCCGUUCGAGAGUAUCAUCAGGCAAAGAGAACCCAAUUAAGAGGCAGGUGGCUCCAAAAUUUGUACAUAAAAUCAACAAAUCAGAUAGCCUAAAACAAAUCAUGUUUCACCCAACCCCCAAAAAGCCACCCCCACCAUCCCACGAAUCCCCGACCUUUCUUCGACCAGAAUCUUGUGUUAACCUUUGACAUUCACCGCCUUGGGUUUGCCUGUUUGCCCGGGUUCCGUUUUUGUUCCCACGUGCGCACUGAUUAAAAUAAGCACCGCAUUUUCCGCUCCGUUUACCCCAUCCACCUUCCCCUCGGCAGCACCGCCCACCGGUUGACAUUUGGUCGGCUUUCCCACAGCACUCCCACAACCUGCAAGAACCUGAGAUGCUACCGGAGGAGGAUGCUUUCAUGUUGAAAAGGUCACAUUCCGAGUUGAUCUUUGGGUGCCGAUCUUUGAGGAGAUGUCGGCAAAUUGUUGAAGGAUUGUUUUUUGAUUUGAUUUACUGUCGAAAGCAUAAAUUUCACUACGAGAGCAAGGACUGGAUGUAGCUAAAUGUAGCAUUGAGAAUUCUAUAGUUUAGAAACAGGUAGAUAAAGUUACUAACAAAAUCAAUAAGGUCAUACAAAAAAUGCUUUUUGAAUUAUUCCUAACCUUAUAUGAACUUAAUAUGAACCCAUCAAUUACAAUUGUCGCACCCCUCGGCUUCGAACGAGGAGCAAAAACAACUCAAGAGAGCAAGACACUACUCACACGUGGGAGAGUGAGUCCUGUGUGAGAGGACUUCCCCCGUCGGCGAUGUCCUGGUCCUGUGACCGCCCUGCCCCAACACUCUGGUGGAGAAGCAUCAAAAAUUUAUAUCUCCGCACACACACACACACCAACUGUAGAGCAUUUGCGCGAUGACGUCAAUCGGACCCCUCGUCGUUCCUGCCCCUCAAGCCCCCUUCACUUUUUCCCAAUAAUCAGAAGGACUGUUUUUUUCUUCUCACAACCCUGAAGUGGUGGUGGUUAGUUUGUUAAUUUAUGAACAUUGAAAAAUUGGUGCUAACUAACUGCUUUCGCCCCGCCGGCUAAUAAUUGAUGUCCGGGGGGUAACUCCAGUUCCCGGAACCAACUUUGGAGACCUUCCCGGGGCGGUUCACUUGCGUGCCACCAGGAAGAGCACCUUGGGGAACGAGCGCACAUUCCGAGGCCAACAAUUUAUUGGCCAGCGAGCCAUUGUCCGUGUAACUAAUUAUCACCGCACACCACAUGUGGGACCAUCUGAUCUUCUUGGAACUCACCGUGGGCGGACACGUGUUUCCGGGAGAUGUAGAAAAUUCUUUGCGAAAUGGGCAAAAUAUGGUCUUGAUGUUAUUAAUGCAACAUUCCAUCAGAUGUCAGCAUUCGAGCAGUUAUUUUUCCAACGAGCAAAAAUUCAUAAGCCACCCGAGUUUUGUUUUUCUUCAAAAAACUUUCAAAACCACCGAAUCGCCAAAUUCGAGCAGUUUUGACAGUUCCUAAAACUAGACCGCUUUGUGUCAUUUGUUUCUUGUAGAAUCACCUCAAAACUUUUAAAGUGUUUGAAACAUUUUUACAAAACUGCUCAGAAAAGUCAAAAUCAAUCAAUUCGUGCAGUUUUUACAUCUUCCAUCAAUGCAUUUCUAAUGAACAAUCUGUCAUUUCAACGUUUCGAAUCCGUAACUCAAUUUUAACAUAUUGUCAUGAAACUGCUCGACUCCGGAAAACCCCAGGAAACGAGGUCAUCGCGUGCACUAAUUCGCUUCGACGACAAAAUUCCAGUGCAAAAUUCGCCCGAAAAACAUGAAAACUCAUGAUUACACCAAUUAAUCCCAGGUAUAAUUACCAGAACCAUGGGUUGAAUUGGCAAAUUUUCGACGAAUCGUCAACCCUCGAUUAUUUAGAAGCUCACGCCAGCCCACUUCAGUAUGUCCUUUUUUCCGGGUACAAAAUAUGGCUAAGCCUUCCCAGAACAUCGGCUUUGGGCGCGAACAUUUAGUCACGUAAACAAUUAUUAAACAUCCUCUUAUAAACCCCUGACAUACACCUUCAGUAACGAUGCAAUAUGUAUAGGAAUAUAUUUGAAAAAAGUCACAAAAAAAUUAAAAUCAGUACCUAAACAAACAAAACUGUAAAACUUAAACAAUACAACAAAAAAACAUCACAAAUUUCGUAAUCUGAAAACAAAAUAAAAAUACAAUAGAAACAAACAACCAACACAUCGAUAAUCGAACUAUUUCAACUACUAGCUAGAUAUACAAACUAAACGUGAAAAGGGCCUAUCAUUUCUACUGUGCUAUGCUAGUGAAACAACACCCGAGAAGGAGAUUAAACAAUUUGCCCAAUCAACCCCGUUUCGGUGUGUUGUCCCGGAAAAAACAGCAGCAGCAGCAUCCCCUAUUUUCCGUGACCCAAUUUCUGGCCCCCAGUUGACGGGUCAAUGGAAUCGACCGCACGACAAGCCAUCGAAAAGGGGGCAUUUGGUUGCGCUCUGGAUGGGCUACACUCAAAAUUUUGAUGGGUGAAUUCGAGCAGUUUAUGGAAAUUAAAAUGUCAAAACUGCUCGAAAAAGUAUGUUUUUUGCAGAAUAAUCUAAUUAAUUUUUUUUUAAGAAUAUAGUAAAUACCCCGAGUAAAAUAAUUGUUGAUUUCAGCAGCAUAAAAAAGUUUUUUGAACUUUUGAAACUGUUUCUGAAUCGUUUCUUAUUUUUUGCGCAACAGCAAUAAUUUUAAAAGCUUCCUCUAAUAAAUGUCAAUAUCUGAAAAUAAACUGUCAUAACUGCUCGAAAAACGUAACCUAAAGUCAAAAUGGAUACUCGAUUCGAGCGGUAGGAAUGACAGCUCUCCUAUAAGAAACACUUUGCAGAAAAAUUCACAAACUGCUCGAAUGCAAGUGUCUCCUUGAUAAAAUUAUCCAAAAAUUAAGAAAAAAAAUUUUUUUUUCUUCCCGCACUCAAUUUUUUUACUAAAUUUGCUCAUAAAGUUAUAGGCUAUAGAUUGAAAACGAGAUUUUUUUUAGAUAAAAAAAAACCAAAGUUUCACCAGUUCUGCGUGUAGCUUCCCAUUCGGAAAAUGAAGGGGAUGCCGUUCCAGAGUGGGUGGGCAGGGCAAAUCCAAAAGUUUGGUCCGCCAUUAUCGAUCCGGCACAGCAGGAAGCCCCACACACCCACUAUUAGCGGAAUUAAGCUUUUGAUUGAUGGAGGAUUAUUGCUGCCGCCACGUGGCCGACCGUGCGUCCCCAUUUGGGCAUUGCACGUGGUGGAGGCGCAACUCGUUAGUACACUUUUUUUCGUUGGCCGCUUUUUGUAUAUUUGCCCACUCAUAUACAGACACAUGCACAC